UCAAGUGAAAGACAGCAGUCCGGGAAAACUCAAACCCUCAUUUCACUGCUGUGCAUUCUUCUGGAUUAUUUAACCACUUUACCUUAUUUUAUUAUUACUUCAAACUAUAAUUUAGAGGGAAAUAAGAUGCCACGGAAAUAUGCUCUAGGCUGCUGUUCUAUGAAGAUCAUAAGGAAAAAACUUUUUUUCAAGAAAGCUCACAGCCAGCACACUGCUUCAGAUUCUGAGACACAAAAUGAUGACUCAGAAAAGAGAGGAAAAGGUAAAAAAAGAAAGAAGAAAAAUGAAAAUAGAUGGGUGGUUGUCUCCAACUUGCCCUUUGAAAGCUGCAAAUGGAAAGAGAACCCAAAUAGACAUUAUGACUGUAAUAAAAUCAAGACCACCAAAUACACUUUCUUAUCCUUCAUUCCAAAAAAUGUCUUUGAACAGUUUCAUCGUUUUGCCAACUUAUAUUUUGUGGCCAUUGUAGCAUUGAACUUUGUGCCAGUGGUAAAUGCUUUUCAACCAGCAGUUUCUGUGAUCCCAGUUUGUGUUAUAAUGGCUAUCACAGCAAUUAAAGAUGCCUGGGAGGACUUUCGGAGAUAUCAGUUGGACAAAGAGAUCAAUAAUAUGGUCUGCCUCAUUUACAGCAGGAAAGAGCAAGACUAUGUUGAGAAGUGCUGGAAAGAUGUGCGAGUGGGAGACUUUGUGCAGCUGCAAUGUAAUGAGAUCAUCCCAGCCGAUAUCCUGUUACUGUUCUCCUCUGAUCAGAAUGGGAUCUGUCACUUGGAGACUGCAAACCUCGAUGGGGAGACCAAUCUUAAACAACGACAAGUUGUGAAAGGAUUUUCUAAUCAGAACACUCCAUUUGAUCCAGAAAUUUUCCAAAACACGAUAGUCUGUGAAAAGCCAAAUAAUGAUCUCAAUAAAUUCAAAGGUUAUGUUGAGCAGCCAGAUCAGAAACGGAUUGGUUUUGGCAGUGAAAGUCUUUUGCUUCGUGGCUGCACAAUCAGAAAUACAGAGAUUGCAGUUGGAAUUGUCAUUUAUGCAGGUCAUGAAACCAAGGCCAUGCUGAAUAACAAUGGGCCUCGUUACAAACGUAGCAAGAUGGAACGGCGCAUGAACAUUCAUAUUUUCUUUUGUGUGGGGCUUCUGUUCAUCAUGUGUCUUAUUGGAGCAGUAGGUCAUGUCAUUUGGAAUGGGAACUUUUCAGAACACCCACCAUAUGAAAUCCCAGAAGUGAAUGGCAACUACCUUUCUUCUGCUCUUGCUGGUUUCUGCAUGUUCUUGACAAUGAUAAUCCUGUUGCAGAUUUUAAUCCCCAUUUCUCUCUACGUGUCCAUUGAGUUGGUAAAACUGGCCCAAGUUUUCUUAAUUCAUAAUGACAUUGACCUGUAUGAUGAAGAUGUAGAUUUGCCUAUUCAGUGCCGAGCUCUAAAUAUCACUGAAGAUCUGGGGCAAAUUCAGUACAUCUUCUCGGAUAAAACUGGGACCCUAACAGAGAACAAGAUGGUGUUUCGGCGCUGUACUGUUGAUGGAAAUGAGUUUUCACAUCAAGAAAAUGCCAAACGCCUGGAGACCUAUAAGGAACUGGACUCAGAUGAGGAAGACUGGGCAAGACAUCAGCGUUUUGCUCUUCCUGUUAUCAAGAUUGAGAAACCCGACACUUUAAAACAGAAAACAGAUAAGCCCUUGAGAAGGUGCCAAAGUGCUCGGGCUCGAUUUCAGGGACAUUCAAGAAAGAAAUCAUUGGGGCAUUGUGACAGCCUUCGGUCUCAAGUGGCAUUCAGCAGUACCAUAGAAAAGGAUGUGACUCCUGAUAAGAGGCUGUUGAUGAAAGUGAGAGAAGCGUCACUACAGAUAGAAUCUUUGACAUCAUUUCCAUCUGGAAAGGACACCUGCUGCACCACAUCCAUUAAUGACUUUUUUCUUGCACUGGCCAUCUGUAAUACUGUUGUGGUCUCCACAGCAACUGAGCCAAGACAAAGGGUUACAGCCCCACCACUAAUGAAACCAUCUGGGAUCUCUCUGGAAAGGAUUCACCAGCUUCUCCAACGGCUAAAAUUAGCAAAUCUUGGUCAAUCUUUCUCAUUGACUCAGUCCAGCUCAGACCUAGAAGCAAGUUUCAAUGCAAAGAACAAUAAAGAGAAUCCAACUGCCAGAGACUCUUGUAACAAAGAUGAAAUGUCCACCCAAACCUGCACCCGUUCAACAGAUGGUGACUACAAAGAUGAUAGUACAGCUGGUGCAAUGUCCUGGAAAGGCAGCACAGAGAUUGGGGGUGCCUCUUUGGAUGAGGAGUUUGGGUUCGUUAGUCAAGGCCAUUUGCAGCCAGAAUUUUGUUACGAGGCUGAGAGUCCAGAUGAGGCAGCCCUUGUCCAUGCUGCCCGAGCUUACGGUUUCACUUUAAUGUCCAGAACUCCUGAGCAAGUAACUGUGAGGUUGCCACAAGGUACCCUCCUGACCUUUGACAUACUUUGCACUUUGGGUUUUGACUCAGUCCGAAAAAGGAUGUCUGUAGUGGUGAGGCACCCGUUCACCAAAGAGAUCAUUGUCUACACCAAGGGAGCUGAUUCUGUCAUAAUGGAUUUACUGGAAGACCCUGCCAAAGCUGACCUAAAUACAGGGAAGAAGAUGAGAAGAAUACAUGCUAAGACACAGAAACAUCUGGACGGAUAUGCACGGUAUGGCCUGCGAACCCUGUGCAUUGCUAAGAAGGUUCUGAGCGAAGACGACUUUCGGAAAUGGGCCAGUUUUCGUCAUGAGGCAGAAGCAGCAAUUGAUAAUAGAGAUGAGCUGCUAAUGGACACAGCACAGCAUCUGGAAACCAGACUUACCUUGUUAGGAGCAACAGGGAUUGAAGAUCGGCUGCAAGAUGGAGUGCCAGAUACUAUUGCAGCACUCCGAGAGGCCGGGAUACAAAUCUGGGUACUGACUGGAGACAAGCAGGAAACUGCAGUUAACAUUGCAUUUUCUUGUAAACUUCUGGACCAAAAAGACACCGUCUUUACCAUUAAUACUGAAAAUAAGGAAACCUGUGAAUCCCUCUUGGAUUUAACAUUGGAAGAAGUAAGGAAGAAUUCUAAUGCUGAAAGAACAAAAUGGAAAAUUUGGGGCAUUAGCCUGUCAUCAUCUUUAGCAGCCUCUGUGGCCCACAGCACUGACAUUGGGCUGGUAGUUGAUGGGAAAACAUUGAAUGUUAUUUUCCAAGGAGACCUGGAAGAUAAGUUUCUGGAGCUGACAAAGUACUGCCGCUCAGUUUUGUGCUGCCGUGCCACUCCUUUGCAGAAGAGCAUGGUGGUCAAACUAGUCCGGAGAAAACUAGAAGUCAUGACACUAUCAAUAGGUGAUGGUGCAAAUGAUGUGAGUAUGAUUCAAGCAGCUGAUGUUGGGAUUGGAAUUUCUGGCCAAGAAGGCAUGCAGGCUGUGAUGGCCAGUGACUUUGCAGUAUCUCGAUUUAAACAUCUCAAGAAGUUGCUUCUGGUCCAUGGGCAUUGGUGCUAUUCUCGAUUGGCAAAGAUGGUGAUUUACUUCUUCUACAAAAAUGUGAGCUACGUAAGCCUGCUCUUUUGGUAUCAAUUCUUCUGUGGCUUCACAGGGACUUCUAUGAUUGAUCCCUGGCAAUUGAUCUUCUUUAACCUCUUUUUCACCUCAAUACCUCCCAUCCUUUUUGGAAUCCUGGAUAAAGAUGUAUCUGCAGAAACGCUCCUAAGUUUGCCUGAACUGUACAAGAGUGGGCAAAAUUCAGAGACAUACAAACUGUCAACUUUUAGUAUUGCUGUGUUGGAUGCCUUCUACCAGGGUCUCAUCUGCUUCUUUGUCCCUUAUUUGACGUACAAGGACUCUGAUAUUGAUGUUAUUACAUUUGGAACUCCCAUCAAUACCAUCUCCCUCUUCAUAAUUCUCUUGCACCAGUCUCUAGAAAUGAACACUUGGACAUGCAUCCAUUGGAUCGCCAUGAUUGGAAGUGUUCUGCUUUACUUCAUCUUCUCAACUAUCUACCAUUCUGUCUGCGUUGUUUGUAAUCAUCCCACAAACCCUUACUGGAUUAUGGAAGAUCAGCUGUCAGAUCCUAACUUUUAUUUAGUGUGCUUCAUUACACCAGUCAUAGCACUUUUACCAAGGUAUCUAAUAUUGGCUGUGCGAGGAACCUUCAGAGCAUCUCAGAUUCUAAAAGCUCAGCAGCUGGAUAAGCUCCCGAAAGAGCAACGAGACCUGGAAAUCCAGAGGUGGAGAUCAAUAGAACGAACCACCCCAAGCACAUCUGUAGCAUCACCGGUCUCCAGUGAUGAGGUUGACCAAAACAACAGUAACUCACCUGUGUCACAGUUUCUGGGCCAAGCAGCAGUAACACCCCAUGGAAAUAAUAAUGCCUGGGAACUCUCCACUCCUGAAAUGAAUCACCGAAGGGACUGGAUGCUGGAUGAAGAAGGUAAUUCUUCCACCAGUAGGUGGACAGGGGAAGAAACUAUUGCUGCCAACUCACUAGCAAGACCCUGCCCUGGACAAGAUUCACUUGAGUCAACUAGGAUAACAUCUCCUGGGAUGUUCAUUAGCCAUCUGACAAGCGAUAAUGCUGAAGAACUUAAUCCUGGAAGCCAUCGGAGGUCUGUGAGUGCAGUGACACUGUAAAAGAUUUUGGAGGGUUGAAUUUGCACUAAUAUUUGACUGCUUUUCUGGACAUAUUGUGCCGCUGCCUUUCAGCCCACAUGGAAAAGGAGUACACAGGGAGGAGACAAUGUUUCUAUUUCUGUUCAACUGAGAAGAUUUCUAGAUAGACACACAUAUUUAUAAACCUGUUGCUAAUUAGAACAGUUGCUAAUACUUACAUUGUCCAUGUUCAUGUAUCUUUUUUGCAGGGUGGGAGUCAAUAGAUGAUUUUGAUUAAGUUGGGGAAUAUGGCAUGAACAUCAGUUAAUCACUGUGAAAUGCAAAAUUGGAAUGAAACACCAAGAUAUUGCACAGCAAGGAACAUUUUCCUUUUAUAAUAUUGGUGGCUGAAUACCUGAGUGUUGAUUAAAUAAUAACUGUGGGCAGUGAGAGCAGCUACCCUGUAGGCAUUGCCUUAAAGCAGGAAACACCAUUCUAGCUCCUUUAAAGCACUGCUACUUUUUUAAUGGACACCAGCAACUGAAAAUCACACUUCUAUCUGACAGGGUAUGUCUAUACUACAGGACAAGGUUGAAUUAAGAUACGCAAUUUCAGCUACAUUAAUUGCGUAGCUGAAGUCAAAGUACUUUAACUCAACAUUUGGAGCUGAACACUCUCCCUUCGAUUUCCCUUACUCCUCGCGGAAACAGGACUACUGGCAUCGACUGAAGCGCCCCUCUC